UGAAUUGCAGUCUGUACAUUGCACUUUGUCAAAAUCAGUAACAGUGUGCCUUAAAAAAAAAAAGGCUGAACUUCCUUGAGAAUUGCAAACGCACUGUAGCCUUCUGCAUCUCCUUGUGGAUACAGCGAAGGCGCAGCCAACCUAGCCAUUCUGGUCUCUUAAGCAAAGGCACUACGCUUUCUAGAUAAGGCUGGAGUCAACCAUCUGCGUGCGUAUGUAUAUGCACAGGAUUUUGCCUACGUCACGCUUGCACACCUAUCUUAGGCACAUACCUGAUGCUCUGAUGGAUAUUGGUUGCCCAGAGGUUAUAUUUAAUAAGAGAGAAUCACUGAUGCUCAGAACAUCUCAAGACAGGCUGUACACAUCUGACAUGUUGUCAGUUGCUACACUGGAUGAUCAUUAUUGAUUAAAAGCAGCACAAAAAGCUAUACCAGCUGAUUUUCCACUUUAGAAAGUACUAUUCCUGCAGGAUUUCCUAUCUUUGUGCAAACAUGGAAGCACAACAGAACAAGCUUGAAUUCUUCCACAAGCUGGGCUAUAACAAGAAGGAAGUAUGCAAAGUGCUGGAGAAAUUAGGCCAAGAGGCUUCAGAGAAUGAUUUGCUACAAGAAUUGAUUCAGAUGGGGAGGAGACCUCAAGAGAGUGAGAACAGGACACAGUGUUCUCAGCCCAGUCCUGCCGCCCAUGGAGCGUACGGGCCCUUGCCGUUUCCCCAGGGCUCUACUGAGGAACCAAGUGAGGCAGCCAGUCACUUGAGACCUAUUGUAAUUGAUGGGAGCAACGUCGCAAUGAGUCAUGGAAACAAGGAAGUGUUUUCAUGCUUAGGAAUUCAGCUGGUGGUAGAUUGGUUCAAACAAAGAGGUCACCAGUACAUCAAAGUUUUCGUUCCAUCUUGGAGAAAGGAACAAUCUCGAUUUGAUACCCCUGUUACAGAUCAGCAUAUCCUUGAAAGUCUCGCAAAGCAAGCAAUUCUUGUCUAUACACCAUCCCGCAAAAUAAAGGGCAAAAGAAUGGUGUGUUAUGAUGAUCGCUACAUUGUUAAAUUGGCCUAUGAGCAAGAUGGGGUCAUUGUUUCCAAUGAUAACUUUCGAGAUCUGCAGAAUGAAAAUCCUGAGUGGAAAUGGUUCAUUGAGCAGCGACUGCUGAUGUAUUCUUUUGUCAAUGACAAAUUCAUGCCACCUGAUGAUCCUUUAGGCCGACAUGGACCUUCUCUUGACAAUUUUCUUAGCAAAAAAACCCUUUUCCUUGAAUCAAAAUGGCAGCUCUGUCCUUAUGGCAAAAAAUGCACAUAUGGCAUCAAGUGCAAAUUUUACCACCCGGAAAGACUGAACUGGGACCAUCUCUCUGUAGCUGAUGAACUCCGGGCCAAAGCAAAAACCUGCUCAUUCAAUCUGAAGUCUGAAGAAGAACAGAUGGGAACAAAACCCAUGAAGAACAAGAGUGGGCACCCAUCAAUUCUAUAUAGUCCUAGAAGUGCUAUUAACAGCAGAAACAUCACAGCACUCAGCUCAGAAGUAGUUCACACCAGCGCCCCGCAACCAAUAGAGUUCCACACGGAUUCAGCAAACUACUGGAUAAGCAUGCAUCAGGACGACCACCAGGCUCCAUUAACUUUAUCACAACAAGGUCUAACAGGAUACGCAGCAACGGUGUCUAAGCAAUUCACAGCAUCUUCUCUAACUGGCAGGACUUACUCUGGAAAUACCCUUGGAGGACCUGUAAAAUAUGAAGCUCUAGUAGGUGAGCCCCCUAGGGAUCAUUAUCGCAGAUACAGCCAGGGCCCACUUUUGUCUCAUCACAGCCUGUGCUUGGACUGUCCAUGUUUAGAAAUAUGUAACCUCCAAGGGUGUUGCAGAAAACAGACAUCAGCAAUACAAGCCUUACAAACACCUUCCUUUUUGGCAAGGCAGAUCUCAAAGGCCCAGCCCAAAGAAGAAUGGGAUUCUAUAGAUUCUUCAGCUGAGACAUUUUCAUAUAGCAAGUAUGGAGAUAUGCAUUACCUUGGAGAUUUGCAAGCCAGACCUUAUGACCGAUUAUUUGUGUUGAAUUCCAGCUCACUCAGAGCAGAGAGUUGUUGCGUAUAUCCUUCUGAUAUGGAGUCUCAACAGAAUUUGGCUCCAAAUCCAUUUUCUAAAGAGCAAGCAAAUAUCCAGCAACCCCCAAGCUUUACAUUCCCAUACCCUCAAGAAAGCCAAGCCUCAACUUCCUCCAGCACAGACAUAAUGAGAAAUUUAAUACCAUUAGCUCAGAAGCAUGGGAACCUACAGUGUAGAUUCCCUAACAGAAAACCAUGGUAAAGCUUUUCUCAUGCCUUAUUUACACAAGGUACAUUCAACAAAUCAACUGGUGGGAACAGAUACAGAUAUAUAGUUACACACACACACAGACACAGACACACUUUAUAUUUUUUUUCCUGGGUUUCAAACAUUUAUGCCUUUUGUCUUGCCAUCCCCAGAAACAACAUCCUAACGUUCAGUCCCUUAAACCAAUUUAUAUUCUUCUUUGGAUCCUUCCUACAUACACUUCCCACAAACAUCCUCCUAGAUGACUUCAGCUUCAUAUAUAUGUUUCCAUUUAACCAUUCCCCAACAACGUAUUCUUUUAUCAAACCAUGAGCACGAUUUUUUGCCUAUGUUUGGUAAGCGUUUCUGUUUAACAAGCUUAUUCUAGUCUCAAGUCAAAGUUAACUCCUGGUGGCUACAUGGAUAUGGCCAGGUAGUUUUAUAAUUUUCUUGGCAACAAUAUAACAACAAAAACAAGAAAAAUAUAGGAGUUAUUUGCAAUUGCCUUCUUCCAGGAUGUUUUUCCAAUGGGCCUGGGAUUUCUUGGUGAUCUCCUAUCCAGGGCUGCCACUGCUGACCCAAGUUCAGUAAGGGGCUACCAGGUGCUGUGACAUGCUAGUCUUGCAGUAGUGAGGCAAAGGCAUGAAUGACAACAGUGUUCUCCCAAACACCAAGGGAUAUGUAUUCAGUAAUUCUGACUAGCUGGACUCCUAAUUUUCAGGUUUACAAAUGAAAGAUAUUAUUAUAUCUCCUUUCCUUAAUAACCAACAGAGAAAAUAAGCCCUCAAGUGAGUUUUUUCCUCCAGUUUUGGUUGGUCGAUUAACUGAAACAUCUCCUGGACAAAUACUAAGUCACUCCAGAUUGGUUUAGUUUGUUAUUUGCUGGAUUAUCCCUUAAUACUGUAUUUUCAGAAACUGCAACUGAUGCUAAUGCAAACAGCCAGGGACAAUGGCAAUACUAUAUUAUCCCCCAAAACGUAUUUUGAUACUCUUUGAAAGCACCAGUUAAUUUUUCCCUAUAUUCCUGAAGCUGUGGAUGGGAUAUAAUGUAUGUUGUGGCUUAUUCUGCAGCCGCUUCCUAUUUUGCUUACCUGUCUGCUUGUGGGGGAAUUUGUGCAAACAAAUUAUGUAACGUAUUAUGUGAAAAAGUUUUAGAUAUUGUUUUUGAAUUCAAAAUAAAUAUGGAAGCUACCAUGAGGACCUAUUUGUGGAAAGGUGAAGAACAGCUCUUUUAAAUAAAAAUAAUAAAUAUCCCCAACUACAUCCAAUGUAUCUCUCGUUAAAUAAACCAAGUUAUGGCAGAUAGAAGAACACUACCACAUUGGUGGGGUGGGGUUUACUAAUUGCUACUGAAGGGCAUCCUUCAGUACAUCCAGGAGGAAUAUACCAUAGUAGAUCCUUUUUCUUCAUGCCAUUUUUCUCAGUGGAGCUUCCCCCCACCGUUAGGAGAGAGGUGCUAGCGUACACCCAAGGUCUAGAACUUAGACUUUACUUACUCUGGGGUAGCGGGUGGGAAGAGAUGCAGUCAUGCUCCUCCACUGUGAAGUGCAACUCUGUCCUAAAGGUGUAGAUCUUUAUUACCCAUGGGAUAUCACUAGAGCUGGAAGUUUCAUAUCAAAAUUAGACAAUUCCCCAUAUACAGAAGCAUUUUACCUUUUCUGGGUCCAGUUAACCAAUGCUAAUAAGGCUGAUUUCACUGAACCCACAAAUAGAAAUCAAGCAACCUUUGAUCGUUGUAACAAUUUCCUAGCCCUCACUGAUUUUUAAUAGGAAAAGUCCAUUGUCUGCUUUAAAAAUAUCCUUACAAAUUACCACUUUGCAUACAUUUAUUUAUCGGCAGAGUAUAACAUAUUUUUUUUAAAAAAUACUGUUACCUUCUAAAUUAUUUGUUUCAUCAAGGAUGAUUAAAUUAGUUAAACAAGUUAGAGCCAGACUGUCUUUAUUUGAAUGAUUUAUAAAACCAGAGGUACCUUAAAUAAAAUAAUUAUGUGGUUUGAAACUGAACUUUUCUUUGCACUCCC